AUGGGUCCUCCUGCGUUCCCGUUAAGGACCACCGAGGGGCUCAAAAACGAACCGCAACAACGAUUCCGUGGUGGUAGCUCAAGCUCGAAAGGGGGUCCGAAGCGCGUCAGAUGGCUUUUCCAGUGCAUGGGCUGGCCGGCUUUUCGGGAUACCGGACCCAACGCCGGGAUGAUGACCUCGCUGGUGGAUGCAGAGGAACUUGUACUGUGCGUGAACGUCGUGGUUGGCUCCGGCCAUCAUGGCGGCAAACAUCGGGGCCCGUGCUGCCACCAUUUGCGUGGUUCCCUGUUAGAAGGUUCAGGGCUUGAUUGA